AGCAGUCCCCUCCAUUGCCCACCAUUGAUUCAUUUCUCUAUAAAUAAAAAAGUUCCAAGAUUUAUUCAAAGAAAUUCAUCCGAAGCAAUGGAGAAUUUUAUGAAGCAGAUGAGGGGGAGAUUUUCUGGUGCCGAACAUGGAAAAACAGAGGAGUCGAGCAGUAUUAGAAACCAACGGAUGCCACCACAAAAAACUCGAUCUUUCAAAGCAGAGAGAACUCAAAACUGGUUUGGAAAACCAUUUUCUGGCAAAAUGACAAGUUGGAAUGACGACUCAAACCAUAAACCAGAGCAAGUACUUGCAGUUGCAGCUGCAGCUGCUACAUAUGUCAUUAACUCAAUUGCAGAACCAAGCAUCCAGGACCAGAAGAAGACCAGUGCAGGUCUUGGACCCUCUUUGACCAGAGAUAAGAGCAGAAAGGAAGAUAAGUCAUUUUCAACAUCGAAACCUGGCACUGUAUCCAAACAAUUCUCAGGCAAGGGUUCGACAAAAGGAUCAGGAAGUGCAGAAAGUAAAGUGGCAGUGCCUGAUGGCAUGGAUGAUAACGAAACUAAAUCUGCUCCAUCACUUAAAAGACCUCUUACUUUUGCAGAUUACUUAGGCAACACUAGCGUUACGAAACAAAGAAGUUCUUCUAAACCUGAUAUGCUUUCCAGUCAAACAGAAAGUGCAGCACUAAAACCUGAUGUCUCCACCAUAAAACCAGCAAGCACAGCACCAAAACCUGAUCAUCCUGCCAUUAGAACUGCAGCAGGAAGACCUGAGGAGCCUCCUACCAUAGAGCCAAGGCCAGAAACAGAGCAGACAAAAGCAGAGGAUUGGGAGAAGGAUGAGAUGGCCAAGAUCAAAGAACGGUAUAAGAAGUUGAAUAGCACUAUACUUGCCUGGGAGGAAAAGAAGAAGAAGAAAGCCAAGAACAAGCUGGACAGAACAGAGAGUGGAUUAGAGCGAAAGAGAGCACGGGCAUUACUAAAAUUUAAAAAUGAAAUGGAAUAUAUCAAACAAGCUGUGGCUGGAGCAAGAGCACAGGCAGAGGCCAGCCAGAAAAAAGAUGAGCUUAAAGCAAAGGAAAAGGCAAAUAUAAUUAGAAAAACAGGAGAGGUUCCAAGGGCAUGCUUCUGCUGCUGAAUGUACCAAAUCAUGUAGCAUCCUGAGUUUUAAGUAACACUCCAUCUUGUUCAUUAUGCACUCUCUGCAGUAGAAAAACACCUUCAUGUCUCCAUUACAUAGUAGAUCUCAAGUAACAAGACAAGAAUGAGAUAGUAAUUAGAAAGCAGAACCAUUUCAAUUGUUAAUGAGAUGGAAGUACUAGAUAUGAGCCCAAGUAAAAGGCAGGAUACCCCCAUUCCCCUUUUCUCUUUGAAGUUACCAUCAAGAUGACAACUAAACCAAAAAAUUGGGUUGUUUGUUCAUUCUUGUAUGAUCAAAAACCAGUUAAAAGA